UUGGCGUGAAGCGGCGCUCAAAAGUCUCCGGCUGGCGGCUGGACCGGGUCAGAAGACGCCGAAAGCCCGGCCAUCUCCGGCUCCCUGCGCGGCUGCAACGGCGGGAACCUCCGCAGGAGUCAGGAACUUGAGGGGACCGCUUUGUUUCCAGGCUCUGCCCGUGCGCCGCUUGCCUCUGCAUUCGCUCCCUUUGCACCGGAGAGCCAGACCAGGCGCGGGGGGUUUUCCUAUCCGGAGAGAGAGAGUCGCGCUUUCUUCCCUCGGAGAAUGGCCGGGUCCCCUUGGCAGGGCAAGCGGGGCGGUUUUAAAGUGUUGGUCGCGACCAUUUCCGUGGCUCUGGUUUACUCCUAUAACAUCGAUCUGGAGCAGCCCGUGGUUUUCCAGGGACCCAAUAACUCGUUCUUCGGAUACUCCGUGCUGGAGCAUUACUACGACAAUACUCGAUGGAUUUUGGUUGGAGCCCCCCAAGCAGAUUCCAAAUACAGUGCCUCUGUUAAGUCCCCAGGAGCUGUGUUUAAAUGUCGUGUUCACACAAACCCUGAAAGGCGAUGCACAGAGCUGGAUAUGGGUCGAGGUAAUACCCGUGGAGCACCCUGUGGAAAGACCUGUAGGGAGGACCGAGAUGAAGAAUGGAUGGGCGUAAGCUUGGCAAGACAGCCCAAGGCGGGAGGAAGUAUACUGGCCUGCGCACACCGUUGGAAAAAUGUCUACUAUGAGACAGAGUACAUCCUUCCGCAUGGCUUCUGCAAUGUCAUUCCACCCAAUCUAGGAUCCUAUGGUAGAAAGCUAAUCCCAUGCUAUGAAGAAUAUAAGAAGAAAUAUGGGGAGGAGCAUGGGUCGUGUCAGGCCGGCAUAGCAGGUUUCUUUACAGAGGAGCUGGUUGUUAUGGGAGCCCCUGGGUCUUACUACUGGACAGGAACCAUCAAAGUUCUGAACCUCACUGACAAUACUUAUUUUAAAUUGAAUGAUGAUGCUGUGAUCGCCAAACGGUAUACCUACUUAGGAUACGCUGUGACAGCAGGUCACUUCUCUCAGCUGACAGGCACAGACAUCGUAGGAGGAGCUCCCCAGGAUGGAGGCAUUGGAAAGGUGUACAUUUUCCGAACUGAUAGAAGGUCUCUUUCUCUUGUAAAGAUUUUUCAGGCUUCGGGUAAAAAGAUGGGCUCUUACUUUGGCUCCUCCUUAUGUGCAGUUGAUCUGAAUUCUGACGGACUUUCAGACCUUCUUGUGGGAGCGCCCCUGUUUUCCGAGAUCCGGGACGAGGGUCAGGUCACCAUCUACCUCAGCCGAGGAAAUGGAGUCCUGGACGAGCAGCUUGUUCUGAAUGGCGAUAAUGCCUACAAUGCACACUUUGGGGAAAGUAUGGCUUCCCUGGGAGAUAUCGAUGAUGAUGGAUUCCCAGAUGUUGCCAUUGGUGCCCCCAAAGAAGAUGAUUACAUAGGAGCAGUCUAUAUCUACCAUGGACAUUCAGGUGGCAUGGUACCACAAUAUUCUAUGAGGAUAUCGGGAAAACAGGUCAGCCCAAGACUGCAGAUGUUUGGCCAGUCUAUUUCUGGAGGAGUUGAUAUGGAUGGAAAUGGUUAUCCAGAUGUGACGAUUGGAGCCUUUAUGUCAAACAAUGUGGUUCUUCUAAGAUCCAGGCCUGUCAUAACACUGGAUGUCUCUGUUUUCCUGCCGGCAUCCAUUGACAUCACAGCACCUCAGUGCCAUGAUGGUUUGCAAGAGAUAAACUGCCUAAACGUCACAGCUUGUUUUCGUUUCAAUGGCAAGCAUGUUCCAGGAAAGAUAGAACUGAACUAUAACCUGACAGCAGAUGUAAUGAAGAAAGAAAAGACUCAUCCAAUCCGGAUUUACUUUGUGUCUUCUGGAGAAGCGAUGGGGCAGAUCACGGAUAUAUUGCAACUGUCAUAUAUGCAAGAAAAGUGCAAGUCAUACCUAGCGUAUGUGAGGAGAAGAGUAAAAGAUGUCAUAUCGCCAAUUGUGUUUGAAGCUGCCUAUCGCCUUGGCGACCAUAUCACAGCAAAGGAGGAGAAGGAAUUGCCUUCGCUGAAGCCUGUACUCCGAUGGAAGAAGGGACAGAAGAUGGCUCAGAGGAAUCAGACUGUCUUUGAGAGGAAUUGUCAAUCAGAUGAUUGUGCUGCAGAUCUUAAACUUCUGGGUAAACUAUUCUUAUCUAGUGUGGAUGAUAAAGCUCCUUAUCUGGCAUUGGGAGCAGUGAAGAACAUUUCGCUUAACAUCUCUGUCUCCAACUUUGGGGAUGAUGCUUACGAUACCAACGUUUCUUUCAACUUCUCCAGGGAGCUCUUCUUCAUCAAGAUGUGGCAAAAGGAAGAAAUGGGCAUUGCGUGUGAGCUGCUGGAACCAGAAUCGGACUUCCUCAAGUGCAGCGUGGGGUUUCCUUUCAUGAGAUCAAAGUCCAAGUACGAGUUUAGUGUUAUUUUUGACACCAGUCAUUUGUCUGGGGAAGAAGAGGUACUUUCAUUCCUUGUCACUGCUCAAAGUGGGAAUUUAGAGCACUUGCUUCAUGACAAUACUCUUGUUCUGACUGUUCCCUUGAAGCAUGAAGUAGACUCGUCCAUCACUGGAGUGGUCUCUCCCAGUUCCUUUGUUUAUGGGGAGUCUGUGGAGGCAUCUCAGUUUAUUCAGCUGGAAGACUUUGAGUGUCAUUUUCAACCCCUGAAUUUCACUCUUCAGGUCUACAAUGCUGGCCCAAGCACACUACCUGGUUCUUCUGUCGACAUUUUAUUUCCAAAUCGUCUCUCUGCUACUGGAGCGGAAAUGUUUCAUAUUCAACAGAUGAUGGUUGCCCAGGACAAAGGAAACUGCUCGUUUCAGAGAAACCCAACCCCAUGUGUCAUUCCUCAAGAAAAGGAGAACAUUUUCCAUACAAUAUUUGCCUUUUUUACAAAGUCUGGGAGAAAAGUACUGGACUGUGAAAGACCGGGCAGGUCUUGCUUAAUCGUUCAUUGUAAUUUAACCUCACUAGCCAAAGCCGAAUCACGCAGUAUAGAUGUAUACAUGCUAUUGAACACUGAGAUAUUAAAAAAGGACAGCUCAUCGGUCAUCCAGUUUGUAACAAGAGCGAAGGUGAGGGUGGACACGACCAUCCGAGUGGUAGAAGUGCCCAAUGGUAAUUCAGAAAAUGCAACGGUGGUCUUUGAGGCCUUGCAUAAUCUGGAGCCUCGUGGUUAUGUGGUCGGAUGGAUUAUCGCUAUCAGUUUGCUGGUGGGAAUUCUCAUUUUCCUGUUGUUGGCUGUGCUGCUAUGGAAGAUGGGCUUCUUUCGCAGAAAGUACAAGGAAAUAAUUGAGGCUGAGAAGAACAGGAAAGAAAACGAAGACAGCUGGGACUGGGUACAGAAAAGCCAGUAAACUGCUAAAGCGGGAAUGGAACGUUGAAACCCCAGUCAUGUGACACACAGUUGCUACUCUAUUGGUCCUGCUUGUGUAUCUUCCAUAUGUGGAAGAAGGAAUCUUCUCCAGAUUUUUCGGAGGCCCUGUUAUUCGUUAUCAUCUUAAGCUAGGGAACGUUUCCUGAGGCAACCACUGCAGACAUAUCAGGUGACUGGAGUGAUUUAUACUUCCUGGAAGAGAUGAACUUUGAUAACUAAGCUGCAGUGCAGAGCAAUAUUUAUGAAUCCAACAUUUGUGGUAUACCCUCAGGGGAAGACUGUUGCCUUUAAAAAGUACUUUUUAUAAAUAUAAGCUUUUUAUACUGAUCGUGUCUUUUUAUAUAUUUGUAUCAAUGUUUUAUGUUUUCUAUCGAAUAGCUAUAUAUAGUUCACAAAAGCACUGAUAUUCAACUGAAGUGUUGGACAUCCAUAUUUGUAUAUAUAUACAUACAUAUAUAUCUAUCCGUCAUACUGUACUUUUAAAUUGCAACGGAGAAAUGACAAACAGAUGAAAAACCUUACAUAGUAUAUCUGCCAGUCUUGGUGAUGUUGUACAUAAAUCUAUCAUCGGCACUAAGCCAAAGUCUUUCCAUUUUGUUUGAAGCAAACAAAAACCCACUGAAGUUAAGUGUUUGAGUUAUGCGUUAAAGGACCCUAAAUGCUAUAUAUAUAUAUAUAGGAUAUUUUUAAUUGAUUCUAUUGUGCACGAACUGUCGGUAAAGUAUGUCUCACUUUAGAAAAAGAAAUCCUUUAUCCUUUGCCAAUCAGAUCCCUCCCCCAAAAUAUGUGAUACAUUUCUAGCAAGGGUAUAUAUUUGUAACAAGAGGAAUGUUUUUAAACAGAAUGACUGCUGAGUCCUUGUUAUUCAGAUGCCUGCGGUAUGUUGUCCUGUAUGUUAGAUGUCAAACAAUAGUGACUUGUGUGGAUAACGUACAGCUAUUGAUGCAAGCUUUGUAGGUUUACCCCAGCAGAGCUGCUAUUGGCUCUCCAAGGCUGUUAUGUAUUGGGGAAAUGGUACAGAGAAGUAAACUCAGAGUACUGUGAUCCCAACCUGAAUUGGGCCUGUAGUCUGUAUUGGGUUGUAAUCACAGAGCUCCGACAAAGGGGUUGAGUGCUUUAAUGCAUGAGACAAUAAGUCAUGUUAGAAGAUAAAGAGGGUCAAGGAAAAGCAACAGAACUCAUUUUUAUGCUGCAUGUACUGGCUUACUAAAUGAUGGUGCUAAAGAACCCAGCGGGAAUGACAUCACAUUAUAGUCUAUAUCACCUUGUCAAAACUGUGCUAUGCCACCCCAUCCCAUCAAAGUGUGACAUACUUUAUGAAUGAUUGCUGAUGAGUUUGAGUUAUGGCGAACAGUCCCUUGCAGCCAAAUGGCAGGGACCAGAGCUCACGUUGGCUUUUAUAACCCUUGUUCAUAGGGCAUGAUGCACUGAAGAGAGCAGCAAUGAAUGUCUUCCUUUGGCAAA